GAACCAGAGCACUGAGCAACCCCAAACUACGCGGCAAAACCUCCGGCUAUUUAAAUAUUAUAGGAGUGUUGCGGAUUGUCAUAUCUUCUCAUAUCUCCCUUAACGUGGAGUGUAAUUUCUACCUUUGUCGUUAUCGGGAACAAUUUGAAGCAGGUCAUGUCUGUGCCCUUUGUCCAAGACUGGGAUGUGGUGCAGGACCUUGGAGAGGGAGCAUAUGGAGUGGUGCGGUUGCUGAUGAACAGAAAGACAGAUGAGGCCGUAGCAGUGAAAAUCCUCGACUCAGAAACCAACUCAGACUGCCUGGAGGUGGUGAAGAAGGAAGUUUGCAUUCAUAAGAUGUUGACACACGGCAACAUAGUGCGCUUCUUUGGUCAUCGAAAAGAGAGCAACUUACAGUACAUAUUUCUGGAGUACUGUAGUGGGGGAGCGCUGUUUGAUCGCAUUGAGCCUGACCUGGGAAUGCCAGAGAAGGAUGCCCAUCGAUUUUUCCAGGAGUUGAUCUCCGGUGUGGAGUACCUCCAUGGACUUGGAAUCACGCAUCGCGACAUUAAACCAGAAAAUUUAUUGUUGGAUGACAAAGACUCGUUAAAGAUUGCAGAUUUUGGUUUAGCGACGGUCUUCCGGCAUCGAGGGCGGGAGAGGUUACUGGGGAGGGCGUGCGGCAGCCUACCCUACAUCGCUCCAGAGGUCAUGUCAAGGACACAGUUUAAAGCCCAGCCCGCAGACACCUGGUCAUGUGGCAUCGUCCUCACCACUAUGUUAACAGGAGAAUUACCAUGGGAUCAGCCCACGGAUAACUGCCAGGAGUAUGCUGACUGGCUUCAGACUAAGACCUACCUCAACCCGUGGAAGAAGAUUGAUGCCCUGCCCCUAUGUCUCCUCACCAAAAUCCUCCUCCAUGACCCUAAAAAGAGAUUAACAAUCCCCGAAGUGAAGAAACAUCCCUGGUUCUGCAAGAAGUUCCGCUCAGGAGUCAGUCAAUCACCCAACAAAAUACUGGAUAUCCGCCUUGGACGAACGUACAGUGAUGACCGAACACAUGUCUCCAGCUCACAGCCAGAGCCGCAGGAUCUGUGGGAGCUGACUGGGGCUGUAAACUACGGUGAAGGGGCGCUGGUCAGCUUCUCCCAGCCAGUGUGCCCAGACCACAUGCUGCUGGGAAGUCAACUGCUGGGCACACCGGGUGCCAGCCAGAACCCGUGGCAGAGACUGGUGAAGAGGAUGACGAGGAUCACUACUGCCCUGUCUCCUGAGGAGGCCGGCAAGGACCUGAAGGCCGUCUGCAUAUCCCUGGGCCACACCUGGAAGUUGACAUGCACCAACCAGGUGACUGUGACUACGAAUGACCGUCGUAACAACAAGCUCAUCUACAAGGUCUACUUCCUGGAUGUGGACGAAGGAACCCUGGUGGACUUCAGGCUUUCAAGGGGUGAUGGGCUUGAGUUCAAGAGGUACUUUGUGAAAAUCAAAGAGAAGUUUUCCCAAAUUCAGAAGCAGAAGCUUGCUGCCUGCUGAUGAAACGUACAUACAGUAUAUGCUUUCUGGAGCCACCAGCCUCAAGCCAGACUGUUUCGUUUUGGAUCAUGACUUGACCAAUCCCCUGCACUUAUUCUGUGAAUUAUGUCAUAUAAAAAGAUCCAGUGUUGUUCGUUGGUACAGUUGUUGUAACCAGAAGACCAUGUGUUAAAAUAAGGAAGGCAACAUAUUGGCAAUCGAAUAAGAGUUGGAGAUGUUGGCCCCCCAUACUGUAUCAAGAGAUUUUGAUAUGUAUUUAAUAUCAAAUGUUUGUACGUGUUUUUAUAUGUUUUUCUUUAUACUUUUUAUACAUGUUUCCUUUUAUGUACGUUUUAUACACUUUGCGUUACUCUGAUUGUUCACUUGGAAGCUAAUAAAGUUAAUGUAGGUAAGGUGG